AUGACAAACUUAGAAAACAUCUGUGGCAAGUUUAACUCCUCAAUAGAGAAUAUGAAACUUAUAGUUUGCAAUGAACUUCAAAGUAUAGAUACAACAAAAGUUUUGAACUCAGAUGCUUUGAAGAGUCUUAUAACAGACAAAGUUGGAGUUGUUGAAAGAAAGUAUAAAGACCAAAGAGUUUGUGAAAAUGUUGCAAAUUUCAUCAUGGUUUCAAACAAUGUUGUUCCGAUGAAGUUAGAAAGUUCUGACAGAAGAUAUGUAGUUGUCAGAACGUCAGAUUCUCAUAUGCAAGAUACAGAAUAUUUUGACGACUUAGCAGAAACUUUGACAUCUGACUUUUACAACCACUUGUUCUCAUAUUUUAUGACAUUAGAUAUUUCAAAGUUCAAUCCAAGACAAAUUCCACAUACCGAAGAAAGACAAACAUUGUUAGAAGCAAACAAGAGUGUAUAUGAACUGUUCAUAGAUGAAACUGACUUUGAGUGUUUAGAUGAAAGGUCUUUAUAUGAUGAAUAUAAACAAUAUUGUCAAGAAUAUGGUUAUAUGACAGCGUCUAAACGAACAUUCUUGGCAAAUGUCAAAAGUCUUUUAGACAUACAGAACGGCGUAUAUACAAAGAAAAAUUUUUCUGAGUAA